AUGUUUAAGAAGUUCACCAAAGAGGAUGUUCAUUCUCGUUCUAAUAUAAAGUCUUCUGUUCAAAGAGGACUUAAAUCAAAAUUUGUUGAUGAAUAUCCACAAAUGGAACAAGCCAUUGAUAAUCUCAUACCCAAAAAAUCUCAAGUUAUUCUCAUCAAAUGUGAAGAUAAAAUUCAAUUAUAUUCAAUUGAUAACAAUGAUAAACCAGAAGUAGUUAUGUUCCAACAUUUCAGUGAUGAAUUGGUUCCAAGUUUGAGAACUGUUCAUAAAUAUCCAGAAUGUUUCCCUCGUGUUCAAGUAGAUCGUGGUGCUAUCAAAUUCGUUUUGGGUGGUGCCAAUAUUAUGUGUCCAGGUUUAACAAGUGCUGGUGCCAAAUUACCAGAUGAAAAUAUUGAAAAGGAUACUAUUGUUACUGUUUAUGCUGAAGGAAAAGAAAACGCCUUAGCCAUCGGUAAACUAUUAAUGAGCACAGAUGAAAUCAAAAGCAAGAAUAAAGGUAUUGGUAUUGAAUUGUUGCAUUAUUUGGGUGAUGGUUUGUGGAACCACCAAGAUUAG